AUGGCCGUGUGGCCGUGUGGCCGUGUGGCCGUGUGGCCGUGUGGCCGUGUGGCCGCAUGUGGCCGUGUGGCCGUGUGGCCGUGUGGCCGUGUGGCCGUGUGGCCGUGUGGCCGUGUGGCCAUGUGGCCGUGUGGCCGUGUGGCCGUGUGGCCGUGUGGCCGUGUGGCCGUGUGGCCGUGUGGCCGUGUGGCCAUGUGGCCGUGUGGCCGUGUGGCCGUGUGGCCGUGUGGCCGUGUGGCCGUGUGGCCGUGUGGCCGUGUGGCCGUGUGGCCAUGUGGCCGUGUGGCCCCGUGGCCCCGUGUGGCUGUGUGGCCCCGUGGCGCCGUGUGGCCGUGUGGCCCUGUGGCCGUGUGGCCGUGUGGCCGUGUGGCCGUGUGGCCGUGUGGCCGUCUGGCCGUGUGGCCGUGUGGCCGUGUGGCCGUGUGGCCGUGUGGCCGUGUGGCCGUGUGGCCGUGUGGCCCCCAAGGCCCCAGAGCAGCCCAAGGCCCCCGAGCAGCCGACUGCCCCCAAGCAGCCCAAGGCCCCCAAGCAGCCCAGGCCCCCGAGCAGCCGACUGCCCCCAAGCAGCCCAAGGCCCCAGAGCAGCCGACUGCCCCUAAGCAGCCCAAGGCCCCCGAGCAGCCGACUGCCCCCAAGCAGCCCAAGGCCCCCAAGCAGCCCAAGGCCCCCGAGCAGCCGACUGCCCCCAAGCAGCCCAAGGCCCCAGAGCAGCCGACUGCCCCCAAGCAGCCCAAGGCCCCUAAGCAGCCCAAGGCCCCCGAGCAGCCGACUGCCCCUAAGCAGCCUAAGGCUCCCAAGCAGCCCAAGGCCCCCGAGCAGCCGACUGCCCCUAAGCAGCCCAAGGCCCCUAAGCAGCCCAAGGCCCCCGAGCAGCCGACUGCCCCUAAGCAGCCUAAGGCCCCAAGCAGCCCAAGGCCCCCAAGCAGCCGACUGCCCCUAAGCAGCCCGAAGGCCCCUAAGCAGCCCAAGGCCCCCGAGCAGCCGACUGCCCCUAAGCAGCCCAAGGCCCCCAAGCAGCCCAAGGCCCCCGAGCAGCCGACUGCCCCUAAGCAGCCUAAGGCUCCCAAGCAGCCCAAGGCCCCAGAGCAGCCGACUGCCCCUAAGCAGCCCAAGGCCCCUAAGCAGCCCAAGGCCCCCGAGCAGCCGACUGCCCCUAAGCAGCCCAAGGCCCCCAAGCAGCCCAAGGCCCCCAGGCAGCCGACUGCCCCUAAGCAGCCUAAGGCUCCCAAGCAGCCCAAGGCCCCCGAGCAGCCGACUGCCCCUAAGCAGCCCAAGGCCCCUAAGCAGCCCAAGGCCCCCGAGCAGCCGACUGCCCCUAAGCAGCCCAAGGCCCCUAAGCAGCCCAAGGCCCCAGAGCAGCCGACUGCCCCUAAGCAGCCCAAGGCCCCCAAGCAGCCCAAGGCCCCCAAGCAGCCGAAUUCCCCUACAGCCCGUGAAGGCCCCCAAGCAGCCCAAGGCCCCCGAGCAGCCGACUGCCCCUAA